CGCACCAGCGCUCCGACCAGGGUUUCACCCUGAAACGCAUGGAGAUGGAGCGAAUGAUGGCGCUGAGCGCGUACCAGGGCCAGGGCGAGUUCGAGCUGGAGCCCGCGGACGGCAAUCCGAGCCAGAGCGGGCGCCCGCAGCUGGGCAGGAACAACGACAGGCCCGUGUCGCAGACUGGCAUCGGCGGCGGCCCGCCGAACCCCGCGCGCGCCGCCGCGGCGACGGAAUCGCCCGCGGUGGUGCUCAUGCGCGUCAACUGCAGGCUCACGCUUUUGCUGCGCGAGAUGGUGUUCAUCGAACGCGGGCUGCGACCGGUCACUGAGGUUGUGAGUCAGACGGAGCAGGACGAGGAAGACGCCGAGUUGCUCGCCGAGGCGGAGGAAGAGUUGGAACGAAUGAAGCGGGAGGCGGCGGGCGAAGACGUCGUCGAGUACGUCAACAACUCCAUCGACGACUCCAACUCGAUCGAGGCUGACGACGAAGACGACGACGAGUACAGCUCGGGGAUUUUGGACCCCCAAACCGCGCCGCAACUCGCGCUGGAGUGGUGCCGCGUGCGUCGAACGCGAGCGAGAAACGUCGCCGCGAGGGCGCUCACCGCGUACGUGUCCGCGCUCACCUCGCACCCCGUGGGUCUGCGCGCGUUCGCCGCGGCGGUCGUGGACGGGUACGUCGCGGGGAUCCCCGCGAGGGACGUCACCGCGUCCCUCGCCCCGGAGGAAUUCGACGUCGAGGGUAGCCGGAGGGGCAUGUUCGGAUCAGCCGCGGACGCCACCAGGUUCUUCUCCCUCUUCGUCACCACCGCGUACGUCGUCGCGGAGCAAGACGCGUGCGAGCAAGACGCUGACGAGUGCCGGAACGGAUUCGACCCCGACGGGUACGCGUGGGCGCCGGCGCCCGGCGAGUUUCGAAGUAAAGGGGGUGGUAACGUCGACGCAAACGCUCGUCGCACCGUCGCGGGCAUGCGAAGCAGCGUCAAGGCGUGGAUGGAGAUGGACCGAGCCGAGCUGCGAGCGCAGGUGGCGUCGCAGCUGUCGAUGGACGAGGACGACGGGGGAAUGGCCGGGGAUCCGUCGGGCGCGGGCGCCGGGCUUACGGGGGCGAUGAUCAAACCCGCGGGCAACACGCCCCCGGGGGAUUUACCUUGGGAGCGCGACGAACACCUUCCGGGUAACUCGAUCACGGUGGCGUGCCUGACGCUGCAGCGGAUGGUGGUGUCGUUCACGCUGCGGGAGCUCGCGCGGCGGAGGGAGGCGUACGUGGCGCGGGGCUCGGAUUUUGACAACAAGCCCGAGUACGGCAACGACUUUGGCGGCGCGUGAGUGGAGCAAUCUCGGUUUGGUUUUCGGUUUUGUUUAAGUUAUUGUCACCACUCUCAGUUCAC